AGAGCAGCUCCCGCAGACAAACGCACGGCGGGAGAGAGAGAGCGGGACACUGGUGACCUGCUCCGGUGCAGGCGGAUUAUUCCUCUUCAGCAAAAAACUCUGGGAUUUAUUUCACCUUUUUUAUUUUUAUUUUACUUUUACAAGUUGAUGUUUUGCUGACUUUGGACCUGCGGAUCCAGUUUGGACUCGCCUUCAUAUUAUUUACACAUAUUUGUAUUUGUCUUCGUGUUAUUUUCGGAGCCAGCGGUGAUGUCCCGCCACUGACAUGCACCAUCCGUCCAGACCACCAAACCGGCCCGAUGGCUCGAGCGCACUAACGGCGACGCAGCAGAGCGGAGGAGAUCCACCAGCUGGAGCCGCGGCGCAAACCUCCCGUUCAAACGGCGGCGGCGAGCGGAGCUUUGGGCGCGCCGGUCCCGCCGGAGGAGGAGACCCGGAGUCACCGUCCUGGCGCAGAACAAACGCCAGCCCAGACGGCCUCGGCGUGUUUCACACCAGGUCGAUAUUCCACCUCCAUCCCCGCGCCUCUAGCGGGUACUUCUCCUCGGACGGCGACUCGCUGCCGAGCUCCCCGCUCUCCCCGAGGCCAGCGACGGCUGACGGCGCGACGCAGACCCCGAGCCCCGUCGGCCAGGUGAUGAAACACGCCCUGCAGCGCAUGUCUGAGGCGAGGGAGCCCGGGACGCCCCUGCAGCACGGACAAACUUCCAGCUCCUCUAGCACGAGGCAACGAAACGCAGCAGAGGAGAUGCAGACGGAGGCAAUCGGACGAGAGCUCCGACGUUUCGGAGACGACUACAACAGACAACUUCUGCUCAGGGUUAGUGUGCGUGUGUGUGUGUGUGUGUGUGGAGAGAAACCACCAGCCACCACAUUUAUGGAGCAGUUGAGCAAAGUGCUGAACGCUCAGCAGCUGCAGCGGAGCAGCUGAUUGGCUGACAGAAGGAGACUGUGGUUAGCUAACAGAUGUAAAUGACGUUAAUCAAAUACAACAUCUUUUUGUUGUUAUUGUUGAGGCUUUUUUCUUCUUCUUUAUUUUCCAGAGGUUUAGAGUUCCAUCUAGCAGCCUGGCCUCAUCCAACGUUCGUAGCUAUAAAUACGAAAAAAAUAAUGAGCCACAAUCCGUGGAUAUCCCACGAAAAUAUUUGGUAUGUUCUCCACGUAAUCUUGAACGAGGAAGUUUAAAGACUGCAAAAACCUCACAUGGACGAGUCCAACAAACGGCAAUCUUUUACCCAGUUAACAGCUGUUCGUUGCCCAUGUGAAACGAAAAGUCAACGUUGAUUUAUUUGUCAAAUAACAUGCGUACUAAAGUAACGCCACAUACUUUAUUUUAACCAAGACGAUGAUCUUUUCCUAAACAUAACUAAGUAGUUAAGUUGUUGUAACAAACUCUUGCUACUUCUAUGGGUCCUGGAAGCACAAGUACGCCAGCACACGGUCAAAUAGUGUUUCUCAAAACGUUCUUUAUUUAGUUAUUCCAUUUUAUUCAGGCUGGACUGGGCCGUGCGCUCUGCUGCCUUCCUCCGAGCGCACGCCGUGUGGGUUUUCCUGAGGUCUGCCGACUUCUCUGCCCCACGGCCAGUCUGUCUCUUGCCCCGCUCUCUCGUGCCUCCGUCACUACUAGUGUUUUUAUAUCAGAGAGAGAGAGAGAGAGAGAGAGAGAGACAAUUCAAGAUGGGUUUCAGCUGCGCCUAAUUAAGCCUCUUCCCGGCACCAUUCCCUGAACCACUCCCCCACUCUGUCCCCUCUACAGCUGAGCCUCAACACACCCCGCCACCACAGUUGUCUAA